AUGAUGGCAACCCUUGCCAUGACCUCCUUCCCCUUUCAACCGCUUACAACGACGUACUCGAGACCUCCUGCUUGCAAUGGCAUAUACAUGCCCGGAAAUAUUUGGGUUAUGGAUAACGACCCUACCUGCCUUCCUCCAGGAUUCGACACCGAGUCAACCUCCUUUUUCUCCCCCGGCAUCGCUUGUCCUAGCGGGUACUGGAGUGCUUGUUCGGAUUCCAAGGGCGUCAGUACGAUCACCACGGUGACCUGCUGCCCAAUAUACCGAAGCGACAUCUCUCUUUCUUGUGUUCCUUCUAAUGCUGUACUCUCCGGACCUUGGGUGGACCAUUUUUGCACGUUCAAAGCGAAAUGGACAGGCAACGUUGUCACGGUCACCACAUCUAGGAACGGCGUGACUGCCACCGAAACCCAGACAUUCAUAUCUCCGCAAGGCAUCAAUGCGUUUGGCGUUCGCAUGGUACACCAGACGACCGACAUAUCGCCCUUAAAUACGCAAUCAACCUCAAACACAGACCCUCCAAUAACGACUUCCUCGCCCACAAGUCAAUUGGGAUCCUUGGAGACAUCUUCAAGCCCGGACACCGCGCCAAUAGCUGAACCAGCAGGUUCAAGCCUCAGUACCGGAGCUAUUGCCGCAAUCGCGGUGGUCAUACCGAUACUCGCCAUUCUUGCUGGUGUUGGAUUUUUCUUAUGGUGGAGGAGUCGAAGGGCGCUGGCUGCCUCCUCGUUGCCGGAAUCUUCGCCAUUGGGAGGCCCGGCGUCAGAAUCACCUGGAUUUGGAGCGGGCUAUCCGCAACAGAGCGGUUAUACGCAACAAACAAGCACUUAUCAUGGAGCCGGUGGUCCACUGCCGCCCCAGUAUGGAGUGUUUUCAAAGGAGAUGCCAACUGCAUACAAGGCUGCUGUUGAGAUGCCGGGUGUGGGCAAUACUCACGUGGAACUUCCCGCUACCUAUGAUAUUGGUCCACAGGAAUUACCGACAACGUCAAGGCAGGACAGAGAAUAG